AUGGCGAGUUCGCGAGCCAGAAGAGUAGCCAAGGAGUUGGGCGACAUUGUCAAGGACAAUGACAAGAGCGGCAUUACUGCUGCCGCUACUAAUGACAGCGGCGAUUUGACGCAUCUCAAGGCCUGCAUCAAGGGACCUCCUGGAACACCAUACGAAGGCGGCAACUUUAAUGUUGAUGUUAAGAUACCCAACGAGUACCCCUUCCGCCCUCCCAUCAUGAAGUUCGACACUAAAAUCUGGCACCCCAACGUGAGCAGCCAAACUGGAGCUAUCUGUCUAGACACACUUAGCACAGCAUGGUCGCCAGUGCUCACGAUCAAGUCGACUUUGCUCUCCCUCCAGUCACUGCUCGAAAGCCCAGAGCCGAAAGACCCCCAAGAUGCCGAGGUAGCCAAGAUGAUGAAUGACAACAAGCCUGCAUUUGAGGCCAAGGCUCACGAGUGGGCCGUCCGGUUUGCCAAUGCUCCCCCGAACGCGAAAUGGCAGAACAAUAGCGCGGCAGCCUCGUCCAUGUCUAAUGCAGGGCCUCAGAGGAUACCCGAGGCCAGGUACAAGGGAUAUAACAGGAAUAUGAUAGACGCAUUCGUGAGCAUGGGGUUCGAUGUUGAUCGCGUUGUCGAAGCCUUUCUACACUUUGGUAUUGACAAAAGAGAUGGCCUUGAGUAUGAUCUUGAGGAGGAAUACAUGGGCGAUGUCACAGCACGGCUGCUGGGUGAGCCUUAG